CGCCCCCUCCGCUGCUGCUCGAGGAGCUUGUGGCGGUGAGAUCAUGUGAGAGAGUCCAACGCUUGGAGAAAGUAGGUUAGCAGGGUAGACUGAGAGGAAGGCGCUGACUUUGUGGACCAUCGUGUACACCGUGAGGACUAUUCGAGCCAAACAGCACGCCGUUCGCAAGGGCGUUUAGGAUGCAAUCCAAAGCGACUUUCUUCCUUGUUUUAUUUCGCUCGGACUUCCACGAAUCAUAGAGGACAAUCGGGGUGUUUUUUUUUUUUCCCCCUCCUCGUCUUUUCGUCUCGUCGUUAUUAUUUACACAGCCACUUCUUUCUGGUUAAGUCACCUGCAGCGCAGCCAAAUGUAGCCGAGCUUCCUUCUCCUCGAGCGGUUAAGAAGAAGAACGCGUCAAAAUGAGAGCUCAAAUUGAGGUCAUCCCCUGUAAAAUCUGCGGGGACAAGUCCUCGGGGAUCCACUAUGGGGUCAUCACCUGUGAAGGCUGCAAGGGGUUCUUCCGUCGCAGCCAGCAAAACAACGCCAUGUACUCGUGCUCGCGCCAGAGGAACUGUUUGAUCGACCGAACGAACCGCAACCGCUGCCAGCACUGUCGUCUGCAGAAGUGUCUGGCUUUGGGCAUGAGCCGAGAUGCGGUGAAGUUUGGUCGCAUGUCCAAAAAGCAGCGCGACAGCCUGUACGCUGAGGUGCAGAAGCAUCAGAAAUCCCAGGAGUGCGUGGGCUCCGGAGACGGGGUCUCGACAACGCUCUCCUUACCCAGGGAGGACGGUGCAUGUGGCGGGAGCGGAGAGGACGGCGAGGGAGGUUUGAGCCGUUCCUACAGCACCGGGGGCUCCAGCUCCACCCUCAGCGACCUCGAUGACAUCGCGGCACUUCCCGACCUAUUUGACCUACCGCUGACCCCCGAGGAGGCCAGCGAGUACUGCAGCCUGGAGCUACUGGGCGGAAGCGGAGGGACCAGCACAGGAAAUACCUCCAACUCAUCAUCCGCUUCUUCCUCUUCGUCAUCCCCGUCCAAUCAAAAUUCCCCGCAGCAGACGAUAGAUGGGUCUGACAACAGUGGCAUCCAGCUCCUGCACACACAUUCUCUCACGCAUCCCCUGCUUGGAGACACACACGCGCUGCUGGACCAGUUGCCCGAUGACUGCUCAAUAACAGACCUUGAGCGAAUCUCGCAAUGUAUUGUGAAGUCUCACAUGGAGACAUGUCAGUACAGCGCUGAGGACAUGAAGAGAUUCAACUUGGUUCAAUACACACCUGAGGAAACGCGUGCUUUUCAGAACAAGUCAGCUGAGUGGAUGUGGCAGGAGUGCGCACACCACAUUACAAAUGCCAUCCAAUACGUGGUGGAGUUUGCCAAACGAAUCGCUGGAUUUAUGGAUCUUUGCCAGAAUGACCAGAUUAUAUUGCUGAAAGCAGGAUGCCUGGAGGUCCUGCUGAUUCGGAUGUGCCGGGCUUUUAACGUCAACAACAGCAGCAUUUUCUUCAAUGGAAAAUUUGCCUCGCCUCAGUUCUUCAAAGCGCUUGGUUGUGAUGACCUGGUGAGUGCAGUAUUUGAACUGGGCAAAGGACUCUGCCGCCUCCAGCUGUCUGAUGAAGAGGUGGCUUUGUUUAGCGCGGCUGUUCUUCUCUCCCCUGAUCGGCCGUGGCUGAUGGACGGCCAAAAGGUUCAGAAGCUUCAGGAACAAGUUUACCUGGCUCUGCAGCACAGCCUUCUUAAGAGUGCUUCUGAGGAGAAACUGGACAAGAUGCUGUCCAAACUACCCAUCAUGAAAUCUAUUUGUCACCUCCACAUUGACAAACUGGAGUUUUUCCGUUUGGUCCACCCGGAGACCGCAUACAGUUUCCCUCCGCUGUACCGGGAGGUGUUUGGAACCGACAUUUCCCUGCCCGACUCCACCAACAGCUAGACACGAUGGACCGACUGACAGAAAGACUGACCGACUGACAGAGAGAGAUGGAGGGAGUGUAUUUAGCGGAAGGGAAAAGGAGAGACAGAGUAGGAUAAAAUAUGUUGAUGUUCAACAACCAGCAGUUAUAAGACAAUCCAGGACUUAAAAUACUCCGUCUCCCGUGAUUCCAAAGUAGCCCUCCACUUUCCGAGCAGGCAAAGCACCUUACACUACAGACCAUGCACGCUCAUGCUCCUCUGCGUAUUGUAGCAGCACCGACAAGCAGAUGCAUGAGGCGGAUACAAGUUUUGAAAACUUGCGUAACGUCUGAUCCGCGGCGGAUCGCCCAACCAGUAAUGAAUGUACCUCGACAAGCACCAGUGCACAAGCAACGACUCAACGGUGAAUGUAUAACCCUGUCGCACUUAGACGGUUUCAUACAUGGUCAUAGAAAGAAGAUUUCAGUCAAUAUUGAUCCCUCGGUAUGGUAUGUAUGUACGCAUAUUCGUACUAAAACCACCCUAUUCGUAUACUGACACUUAGGGACCAAGAUCGCAAGUCAUUUUAUACAAAAAAGAAAAAAACUCAACAACAACAACAAAAAAACAAGUUCACCUCCUCGAGCCGCUUCUCUCACAUUUCGCCUGCGUUCGGUGCUGCCUUGAGUAGGCCCUUGAGAAACCUCAGUCCCACGCGUCCCUUUUCCUUGCAAAUGCCACUUAAGAGACAGGGCAAGAUGAAAUUAUCUUUAAUUUAUAUACACAUUUAUAUACAAAUAUUUUAAAUAAGAGUGUAAAUAGAUGACUUAUGCGCGACUGCGGAGAGUGUUAGGAGCGUGUGAGAUUAGUUCAGAACGAAAGGGAGAGAAAAGUGAGAUGCACACCAAGGAAGUUGAUAUUCGGACUCUGGACUAUUUUCCUCUCUAUAUAGUACUCUCAGGUUUCCAUGACAACGCCCAGCACCCUUUCCCCGCACCCCCAUGACAACAAACCCACUAAGUGGGUGAACAGACACUUGUUGUACAGAUGCAAACAGGGGCAGCGUGUCCGUCCGACGGAGGAAACAAAUUGCCUUUGUUGGGCAUUUAAACUGAGCUCUGAUGUUGAUGACCGUGCCCUCGCCCGGAGAAACAAAAGGAGGACAAACGGGACUCGAAAGGAAAAGAUCAAGCAAGCCACACUUUAUGAACUUUAGACGAGGGGAUACACGGUGUCACCCCCCCCGUCAAUCUGUUUCUAACCAGCAGUCAGGUGUAGUUUCAUUCAAUCACUUAUGUGGUCGCACUUGUUCAGGUACCUGACGGUCCACAAUUUGUAUCAUAACCCCUUCCUUACUGGUUGGAGCAACUGUAUUAUUUGUAGAAAUGCUGUUCUUUCCACUUUUAGUCCCAACACUUGUUUGAAUAAAAAGCACUUACAAUGCCCCCCGUUUCUCACUGGACACUAGUCUAAUGCCAGACGGAGCUAUCAGCUGCCCCCCUGAGUUGGGCCUCAAAGCCUGUAAGACUUUCUUGUUUAUCGUUUUUGUUUUUCGGUCAGGUCACGCAAGAUCCUUCAAAGUUUCGGUGUGUUUCACUUGAACAAAAAGUCAACUUCCGGAGGUUGUUUUAGCAUUUGAGGUGAACAUGUCUUACUUACUUGGGGUGCUGGGAAGUUUUUGGGCCUGCCGCCUGCCACUCAGGGAGCUAGCUGUGAUCUCUUGUCCCUUCUAUGACCAGCCUCGUACUCCUCACGCCUUUGCACCCCACCACCAUAAUCACUGUGGACGUAAAAGUUCUACUUUUGUGAAUGUUGCUCACAAACUGCCCGGACCCCUUCCCGUUUGUCCUUAUAUUGUAACUUUAAAUUUAUGAGCAUUUACAUAGGAACACAAACAAAUUCGUUUUAAAGAUCAAUUCCAUUCUUGGAGUUUAAUGUUUUAUUUUUUUUCCUUUUGCUGUGAUCUUCACUUAUUUGUCGCUUAUCCACUUUCUUUACAUGUCUCCACUUUUGGCCUUUACAGUCAGUAAUCGUUUUAUUUAAUUGGCAAAUGAUUGGGAAAAGUCCAUAAAAAGACUAUUGUCUCCCUUUUCUUUCCUUGUAAGAAAAAAAAUGUACAAGAGAUAUACUACUAGUUCAAGACUAAGUGAGUCACACAGCUCAAUAUAUAUUGUUGUCCAAUGGGAUACAUUAUAUGUGGUUUUAAGAAUGUAAUAAAUGGUUUCUUCUUUA